AUGCUGUCCAAGACCCUGUUCAUCCUCGCCUCAGCUGCCACUCUAGUCAACAGUCAAUUCGACCCGAAAUCAGUUCCAUAUACUACAAGAGAGGCUUGGUGUAACUCCCAAACAUCCGCAUGUCCCCUUCUUUGUCUACAACUACCAGGAGCCUCGGGCUCACCAACAUCAAACACCUGCUCAGCCGACACACUACUCUACUACUGUCUAUGCAGCAACGGCGUCACUCCUAACGCCACCGAAUAUUCCCAGACGAUCCCCUAUUACACCUGCACAGAAACCAACAACCAAUGCGUUACCAAAUGCGACGGUGACUCGACAUGCCAAAAUAAAUGCAGAGUAGACAACCCAUGUGGAGCACAGGAUCCCAAGCGUGUUAAUAUCACUACUACCGCUAAAUCUGCUUCUCCUACUGCAACACAGACCCCUGUCAAUACCCUUGUUAACGGCAAUGGAGCUACUGGUGCUGCUCCACGCAUGGCUUCAAUUGAUAUGAGUCAUGUCUAUGGGCUUUGUGUUUUGGUUGGUGGGUUCGUUGCUGGAUUUGCUACUCUCCUGUAG